GGCGGCGGCGGCGGCGGCGGCGGCGGCCGCAGGGAGCUGGGAGGCGAGAAGCCGGGAGCGCGGGGCUCAGUCGGGGGGGCGGCGGCGGCGGCGGCCUCGGGGAUGGCGGCGGCUCCGCUGCUGCUGCUGCUGCUGCUCGUGCCCGUGCCGCUGCUGCCGCUGCUGGCCCAGGGGCCCGGGGGGGCGCUGGGAAACCGGCAUGCGGUAUACUGGAACAGCUCCAACCAGCACCUGCGGCGAGAGGGCUACACGGUGCAGGUGAACGUGAACGAUUAUCUGGAUAUUUACUGCCCCCACUACAACAGCUCGGGGGUGGGCCCCGGGGCGGGCCCGGGCCCCGGGGGCGGGGCGGAGCAGUACGUGCUGUACAUGGUGAGCCGCGCCGGCUACCGCACCUGCAACGCCAGCCAAGGCUUCAAGCGCUGGGAGUGCAACCGCCCGCACGCCCCGCACAGCCCCAUCAAGUUCUCGGAGAAGUUCCAGCGCUACAGCGCCUUCUCGCUGGGCUACGAGUUCCACGCCGGCCAGGAGUACUACUACAUCUCCACGCCCGCGCACGGCCCGCACUGGAAGUGCCUGAGGAUGAAGGUGUUCGUCUGCUGCGCCGCCACACCGCACUCCGGGCAGAAGCCGGCCCCCACCCUCCCCCCGUUCACCAUGGGCCCCCAUGUGAGGAUCAACGUGCUGGAAGACUUUGAGGGAGAGAGUCCGCAGGUGCCCAAGCUGGAGAAGAGCAUCAGCGGGACCAGCCCCAAGCGGGAGCACCUGCCCCUGGCGGUGGGCAUCGCCUUCUUCCUCAUGACGCUCUUGGCUUCCUAGCUCUGCCCCCUCCCUUGGCGGGGACACGCGGGGCUGGGGAAGGGCAGGGAGACUUUGGCCUCUCCCAGGGAAGCCUCGCUGUGGGGCCUCGACCCCUCCUCCGAUGGCUGGCAGUGCGGUCUGCGCCACACAUCUGGGCCCGCCCCUUUGCCCCCUCUCUCCCAACGUAGGGCCCUGUAGUGGACCAGACGCAGGGACAGCCACGGGUCCCGAGUGGCCUUGUGGCUCUGGUACCUUUCUCCGACCCCUGGUACCCUCCCCUGUUGUCACCACCAGAGAUAAAUUUGCCCCAGAGAGAGCAGACCCCAGCGUGGGAGGCACCCCCGUCAUUCUCUUCUAGGGGCGGAGCACAGGGAGGGGACUAGAUGGGCGAGGGGGUGGCCCACUGCCCCGCUCCCCUGUUUACAGCAAUAAGCACGUCCUCCUCCUCCCACUCCCGCGCCCAGGACUGUGGUUUGGAUUGAAUCCAAGUUUACAAGUAGACACCCCUGGGGGGGCGGGUGGUGGACAAGGGUGACACGGGGUGGGCACCGGGGUUCCAGCAGGCAUGUACAGACGCUAUAUCUCUAUAUAUAAUGUACAGACGGACAGACUCCCUCCCCCUCCUUAACUCCCUGAUCUUCCUGGACGUCUCCUUCCAGCUUCAGACCCCUUCCCCACCAGGCUAGGCCCCCACAGGGCGACCCCCUGGCCCCUCUUGUGUCUUCUGUGAAGACAAGACCUAUGCAACGCACAGACACUUUUGGAGACCGUGUGACAACAACGCCCCCUCCCGUCCAGCCCUGAGCCGGGACCCAAACCCCAUGACCUUGCCCUGCCCACCCUCUGUGGCCCUACCCAUCCUCCGGGCCUUUUUCAAGUGCUUUGGCUGUGACUUUCAUACUCUGCUCUUAGUCUAAAAAAAUAAACUGGAGAUAAAAAUAA